AUGCAAUCCCACUGCACGAGCUCCCCUUACCCCCACUACUCCCCAUCCCUCAAUCUUACACUGCCGUUCCCCCCACUGUUCCACUGCUCUUCCCUCACUGUUCCGCUGCCCUUCGCCCACUGUUCCACUUCUCUUCCCUCACUGUUCUACUGCCCUUCCCCCACGGUUCCACUGCUUUUCCGUCACUGUUCCACUGCCCUUCCCCCGCUGUUCCACUGCUUUUCCGUCACUGUUCCACUGCUUUUCCGUCACUGUUCCACUGCCCUUCCCCCGCUGUUCCACUGCCCUUCCCCCGCUAUUCCACUGCCGUUCCCCCCACUGUUCCACUGCUCUUCCCUCACUGUUCCGCUGCCCUUCGCCCACUGUUCCACUUCUCUUCCCUCACUGUUCUACUGCCCUUCCCCCACGGUUCCACUGCUUUUCCGUCACUGUUCCACUGCCCUUCCCCCGCUGUUCCACUGCUUUUCCGUCACUGUUCCACUGCUUUUCCGUCACUGUUCCACUGCCCUUCCCCCGCUGUUCCACUGCCCUUCCCCCGCUAUUCCACUGCCCUUCCCCCACUGUUCCACUGCUUUUCCGUCACUGUUCCACUGCCCUUCCCCCGCUGUUCCACUGCCCUUCCCCCGCUGUUCCACUGCCCUUCCCCCGCUGUUCCACUGCCCUUCCCCCACUGUUCCACUGCUGAAGGACUUUGAGCAGAAACCAUUAGUAGCCGCAGACCUCCCUCUGAGGAAGGAGCAGAAUGUGAAGGUGCAGGAACUGCAGGUGGCUUGUGCUGAGCUCUCGUCCUUGCCCUCUGGGCGGACUGCUUAUCAGAAGCGUGGUGGUAUCUUCUUCCUCACCGACAGCAGUACACUCAAGGAGAAGAAGCAAGAUGAGCUCUCGAGACUGUCCGCAACUAAUGCCAAAUAG